AUGGUUUUUUCAUCCGAUUGGUCACAGCCUACAAAUUCAAACCAUCAUCAGCAUCAGCUUCACGAGAAUGGACUACUUUCUCAACAACUUCAACCUUGCCCACCAAACCCUAACCCUAACCACCACUAUGCUGCUGCCGCCAGUGGUCUUCCGGCGAGACUUGGUGGAUCCAUGGCUGAGAGAGCGAGGCAGGCCAAAUUUCCUCCACCUGAGGGAGCCCUAAAGUGUCCACGAUGCGACUCCAACAACACUAAGUUCUGUUACUACAACAACUACAACCUUACUCAGCCUCGUUACUUCUGCAAGGCUUGCCGCCGCUACUGGACACGUGGUGGUGCCCUGCGAAACGUCCCCGUGGGUGGAGGCUGCCGGAAGAAUAGCAAAAAGGGCAAAAAUAGUAACUCAAAAUCUUCAUCUUCCUUGUCUAAACAGUCUUCUUCCACGGUCAACGCUCCAAGUUCUAACUCAGGACAGCUAAGGACAAACCAUCAGUUCCCGUUUUUGCCAACUCUUCACAAUCUCACUCAACUAGGUGGUAUCGGUUUGAAUUUAGCUGCCACUAAUGGCAACAACCAAGCUCACCAGAUUGGUUCGAGUUUGAUGAAUGAUCUAGGGUUUCUUCACGUCAGAAAUGGAAACAUUCAUGACAACAUCAAUAACGGUGCAAUAAACAACCUGAUGGCGUCUGCUGGAUCGCUGAGUCACUUCGCUCUCUUUGAUCCAACGACGGGGCUACACGCUUUCCAGAACGAAGGUAAUAUCGGAAUAUCUUAUUCCUCUACUUCCAUGGUUGAUUCUAGUGCUUACCAGGCUCCCCCGGUGAAAAUGGAAGAACAAUCAAAUUUGGUUAACUUGUCUAGACCGGUCUCCGGUUUGACGCCCCCGGCGAAUCAAACAAAUAACCAGUACUUCUGGAACUGUUCGGGUAUCUCGGGUCCUUCUUCUAACGAUCAGUACCACCAACUCUUGUGAGAUUUUGUGUUAUCGUUAGUGUAUGUUACAACGAACGGUCAUGAUCAAAUGCAUGCAGAGUAUACGUGUGUGGGGCGAUAAUCGUGGAGACGUACUGAUACGUAAGGUAUCUUAAUUAGAGUUUAAGUUAAGAUCGUUACUUAUAUAUAAUCAGGUGCAUCAUCUAAUUAGUUUUGUAUUGUGUUGUUUCAUAAGGCUAAUCUGAUUCUGAAGUUGCUAUGUCUCUCAACAUAUAUAUUUCUGUCGUCUGUGUAACAGUCCAUUUUAUAU